AUGCGUUCCCUUCUUUCCGUUUUUAUUCUGGUUCUUAUAGUAAGCUGCUGCACAAUUGCAAAUGCUCGUAGAAUUAAUGUUAUAGUCAAGAAAACUAACGGAUGGCACGAUUCUGCCACAAUUCAAUCUGUCGACUACGAAAAACUGGGACGGAAAAGUUGGGACGAAUUGACUGAAGUGGAAAGAUAUCUACUCGAAACUGAACAUGCUUUACGUGGUGUGAAUUCAGAUUCUGUUUCAGAAAAUGAUGAUUAUCAGGAGGGAGAGUAUGACGAGAUCGGCCAUGAUUCGAAAGAAAAAGACAAUGAUGAGGCUACAGAUUCUGAAGAGAACAGUAUCGAGGAUUCAGAUGAAGACGACGAGGAAAAUUCUGUUUCGGAUGAAGAUGAUGAGGAGGGAAAAGAGAUUAAAGAAGAUAAUGACGACGGUAGCAACGGAAACCAAUCAAAAGAAGAAGAUGAUGAAAACGAAGAUUCGGUAGAAAACAACUCUGAGAAUUCAGAUGAAGACGAGUCAUCGAAAAUUGAUGAGAGUUUUCCAGAAGAAGAUGUACUCCAGGAGCCUUCAGAAACUAGCCACCACUACAAUCACAGAAGAAUCGGUGGGAGAGCUGCCCGUGUUUGGAACACGAGACAGUACCAGUAUUACCAUCUUUCUGUUCAUUAUCUCAUCAAUGUGUAUGUCAAGUUGAGGAGCAAAAUUGUUAUUUGA